AUGGGUCCGAUCAGAACUGAAGAGGAAAAGCCCAAGUAUAAUCAUUUCAGUCAUAAGCAUCCAUUGGAACUCGAUAAUACUAGCCGAACAGGCACCACAACCUGUUCGGGUUGCAAGAAGGAUAUAUUAUCUGGCAAGGAUUUCUACACUUGCAAGGCUUGCUCCUUUUCUCUCCACCGUGCGUGCUAUAAUAUGGCAAGAUUAUAUCAGCACCCAGCUGAACCUGGCCAUGACAUGAAUCUGCUUCUUUUGCCAUCCUUUGAAUGCAAAGCCUGUGGAAAUCAGGGUUCAGGAUUCUGCUACAAUUGCAGUGUCUGCGCCUGCCGUUAUCACACGCUAUGCUUAAGAAUCCCUCUUACAGCAUCAUGUGCAUUGCAUCACAUAAACAUCGAUUAA